AUCCCCUUUGCCCUGUCCCCUUUCCCCUCACACACACAUCAUGGAGCCUUUCUACGACUUUAUUGCGGUGUUUUAGUGUUUUUUCAUUGCCUUUGGGAUCAACGGGGUCUCGCGUGGAUUCUGUAAACUCAUCCCGAACACCAUGUUUACCACCACCGGCUCCCGGGGCCUGUACAAGGCUCCCCUGUCCAAAGGCCUCCUGCUGGUCCUCAGCGGACUGACCGUGAUGCUCGCCCUGCUGCCACAGUACCAGGAGCUGUUUGUAUACGACCUGCAGGCUGUCACGCAGCACCACCACCAGGUGUGGAGUUUGUUUUUCGGCAGGCUGGUCUGUCUCGACGUGAAGGACUCCUUCUGCAGCGGCCUGCUCAUUUACAACUUCCGGAUCUUCGAAAGGAGGUUCGGCACCAGGAAGUUUGCCUCGUUCCUGUUGGCCACCUGGUGUCUCUCGGCGCUGACGGACCUCCUGCUGGCCCAGGCUUUCCACUUUCUGUUCGACUACGAGGUGGAGGAACUGCCUGCAGGGCUGCUCGCUCCGGUCUUCUCUCUGUUUGUGCCUUUCUACCGGUUGAUCCCCAGGGUCCCAGUCACCCAGGUCCUGGGCCAAAUCCACAUCACCAACAAGUCUCUGGUCUACAUAGUAGGCCUGCAGCUGUUGACUUCCAGUCCCUUCAUGUGGCUCCUUGCACUCAGCGGACUGAUCGCAGGGGCCCUUUACCACUCCAAUGUUCUCUGGAUGCAGAAGCUCCUCUUUGUACCUGCCUGCGUGUCUUUUAUUGGACGGUAUAUCCUGGAGCCGAUCUUCUCAAGCUCUCAGCCGAGCAGUGAGACGCCGCUGGGCAUGGGGGCCACUCUGGAGAUCCAGAGGCAGCAGAGGAUGGACGUGCUGGACCAGCAGCUGCUGCUGGCCCAAUACAACGAGUCCACGAGGAACAACAGAUCGCAGCCUCCGUCCGGGUUGUUUGGCUGGACCAGGCUGUUCUCCACCCUGAGACAAAGAGGACCGAACCGCCCCCCAGUGCGGCCCCCUCCCCAGGCUCAGACGCAGCGCUCCACACAGUCCCCUCCAUCGGACCCCUCGCCGGUUGUGGAGGAGCAGGUCGCCCUGUUAGUGGAAAUGGGCUUUUCCAGGAGCGAUGCCCUCGAGGCCCUUACGGCUUCAAACAACGACAUCAACAUGGCAACUAACUUCCUCUUGCAACGCUGAGUGUGAGAGAGAGAGAGAGAUUGAGUGAGAGAGUGAGUGAGUGAGAGAGAGAGAGAGAAAAAAUAAAUUGAGCGUGGACGGGCGGAGAAACCGGGAAGAAGAAGCAGCCAAGUGCAAAGCGGAGAGAACAAAAGACGCUGGACAAUGGGCCAUUUAGUUCAGAUAACCGGGGCUCCGUGGAGCUGAUGAGUGGGACGCGGGACGCGGGGAGGCGCACAGGCUUCGUCCAGACGACGGAUCGGACGAACGUCAUUUUAUUUUUUCCACUGAGAAUGAGAUGCUUGUUUUAACCCCCCCCCCCCCACGAGGAAGUGCAGAGGCCACAAAAUCACAGCUCCAGUAUUUCCGCCAUGAACAAUAUUCCAUGCUUCACCGCGAUCUUCCUGCACAGUUACCAUGGUUACUUUGCUACGCAGGCGGUGCGCCGCGCCAGGACCCUUUUCCCGCUCGAGGAGCAGUUGUGCGGCGGCGUCGGUGGCGGGCGGCUAUCUCAGGAUUUAUUGUGGCGGCCUGUUCUGUGAGUGACGUAAUCACACUUACAGACCCGAGUUCCCCCAGCACACACAUGCACAGUGGCCCUUCGGGGGGGUCCUGUUCUCGCAGCCUUUCUUUUCUCUGCCAACACACACCAGUGAUAUUUAUCAUGCAAAUUCUGUGCCACAGAGAUAACAUUGCAGCCGCUACGUAUUGAUGUCAAUGACUGAUGCUAGUUUUAUAUUUUGUGCAUAAUAAUAUUAAGUUAUGGCCACUGAAGAGUCAGUCAUGUGUGUGUAAUUCUAUUGCGAGUGGUACAAUAGUAUGUGGGUGUGACCAGGGAGCUUUCUGAUUGAACUGUAAUGAAUCGUACUUUUAUCUGUGGAAUAAAUU